AUCAAAAAUUGAAGAAAUAAAGAAAUCAGCUUCUGCGGUCUGUGGGCUCAAGAAUUAUGACAAUAAUUUUCCAAAUUAUUGUAGUCAGAAAAUUCGAAUAUUUUGAUAGUCUAGGAUUCAUUUGACUUCAAGGUGCUUGGCUUUCAUUAUAGUUGACAAACAUUGGUUUUUAUAAUUACUACGUAAAAUACUGAAAAAAAAAUAAAAGUGAAGGUCAGAAUGGAGAUUGGAAUUAUCUCCGACAUUUAUUAUCCUACUUUUAUCUGUAGUUUAAGAUUAUGUAAAAGAGAACUUCUUUUGAGGUUAUCUCACUCAAAGUGCAAGGUCUGGAAAAAGAUAAAAUGGGUUUUCUGGUAGGUGCAAUAGAUGAAGGCACAUCUAGUGCCAGAUUUAUACUAUUCAAAGCAGGAACAACUGAAGUUGUAGCUUCUCAUCAACAAGAACUGUCUCAAAUUCAUCUCCAGGAAGGAUGGGUUGAACAAGAUCCAAAGGAGAUUUUGAAAUGUGUGCAAACCUGCAUUGAAACAACAAUUGACAAGUUGAUUGCACUAGGAGGAAGUGUGAACGAUAUAGUUUCCGUAGGAAUCACUAAUCAGAGGGAAUCCACAGUAUUGUGGGAUAAAACUACAGGGGAACCUUUGUAUAAUUCUAUAGUGUGGUUGGACGUGCGAACUUCGUCAACUGUCGACUGCUUAUUGGACAAAGUCCCAAACAAAAGCAGGAAUAAAAAUUACUUGAAACCUCUUUGCGGCCUACCAUUAUCGCCAUAUUUCAGCGCUGUUAAAAUCAAAUGGCUUCAAGAAAACAUACCUCAAGUAAAGAAGGCCAUGGCUGCAGGAACUUGUUUGUUUGGAACAAUCGAUACUUGGUUGAUGUGGAACUUAACAGGUGGAAAAAACGGUGGAAUUCACAUAACGGAUGUAACAAAUGCUUCAAGAACCAUGUUGAUGAAUAUCGACACACUCAAAUGGGACCCUGUCCUUAUCAAUUUCUUUGAGAUCCCUAGCAAUAUCUUACCUGCAAUCAAGUCUAGUUCUGAAGUUUAUGGAGAAAUAGCAGAUGGUUCACUCAGAGGUGUGAAGUUAGCUGGAUGUCUCGGUGAUCAACAGUCGGCACUGGUUGGUCAACAGUGUCUUAACAGAGGACAGGCUAAAGCAACUUAUGGUACUGGAUGCUUUCUUCUAUAUAAUACCGGUAAUUUGAAAGUACACAGUGCUCACGGUCUACUUACAACUGUAGCAUAUCAGUUUGGUCCAGAUAAACCUCCCGUUUAUGCGCUAGAAGGAUCUGUUGCUAUUGCUGGAGCUGCAUUGAACUGGCUCCGGGAUAAUUUAACAGUUUUGCCAAGUUUUGAGCAAGCCCAAGAUAUAGCUGAGAAAGCUGAACAAAUUGAGUCGGGAGAAGUGUAUUUUGUCCCAGCGUUUAGUGGUCUCUAUGCUCCUUAUUGGCAGCAGGAAGCUAGAGGUGUUAUAGUUGGCAUUUCGGAAGAUACUGAGGCAUGUCACAUUGUGAGAGCCACUUUGGAAGCUGUCUGUUAUCAGACAAGGGACAUUCUGGAAGCAAUGAACAGUGAUUAUGGAUCAGCAUUAUCCAGUCUGCAGGUGGAUGGUGGAAUGACUGCAAAUUCCCUUCUCAUGCAAUUGCAAGCUGAUUUAGCUGGAGUGACUAUUCUUAAACCAUCAAUGGCUGAGAGCACUGCCCUAGGUGCUGCGAUGGUUGCUGGUGCUGCGGUAGGCCAUUGGAAUUUAGAUGGACCAGUAAUGUCUCUUCCUACAACCAAGUGGUCUCCUCAUUUCACAGAAGACGAACGUGAUGUACGUUACUCCAAAUGGAAAAUGGCCGUAGAACGUGCUAUGGGUUGGGAGAUGUAAUUUACUCUAAUUUUUUCAUUUGUUCAAACUUUAAAUUUACAGAGAACUCAAUAUCCUUACUUUUCAUCAACUUAUAUUUUUUAGAGAAAUAUUCGUUAUUCUUGAAAAUACUGAAAAUAAACAAAAAUUUGACAACCAAAUUAUAAGAAAUUUACAUAACUACUUGAGAACGAAUUUCAAAAAUAACCAUUGAAUGAUCAUAAGAACUAAUGAAAGAAGAAAUCAAAUGGUGUAUGAAUUAUCGUUUUACUUAUAAAAAAUUAUCAAGUGACUUUAACUAUAAACAUCAUCCAAGAAGUUUCAAAGCACAUUUGAAAAAAUUUAUUUUUGAUACUUGGUCUAGAUGCUUGAAGAAAAAAUGUUUUCAAAAUUCUUUAGAGAAGUUCAAACAUACUGGUAGGCAACCAAUUCAUGUUCGCACCUAUAACUUUUGUGCUUCUCUUGGUAUCAAUAUCGAAUUUUGAUGGUUUAAAAGGUAUCACAAUUUGGAUUGAUUGGAACUAAUAUAUUUUUUGUGGCGUUUCUAGUUUUAGAAAAAAAUUACCCCCACUUUGGAAUUUCAAAUGAAACACCUAGAAUAUUUAUAAAUUUUGGGACUCAGCAGUUCAUUCAACAUACAACCAUUUUAUUUUGGUGGGAAAAUACUUUUUUCAAAAAAAAAAAUUGUCUAAGGGACUGUGA